CCCACAAGAAAGAUAAAAACACAAAUGCGAAAUCGCUCCUGGCUUUUUACAUUUAAUGUAAAAUUUUAUCCAUCUUGUGCUUCUCAGAUGACUGAGAGUAUUUCCAGAUACCUCCUAUGCCUCCAGAUCCGGGCAGACAUUGUUUCUGGGCGCCUGCCCUGCCCCCCUGUGACUCGUGCCCUCCUGGAAUCGUACACCAUCCAAGCGGAACGUGGAAACUAUGUGGAUGAUGAGGUCCUCAACAAAAUCAAGCCACAUACUGAUUAUUAUUUUGGGUCCAUUGAUACCAAGAAGAUGGAGGACUUGGUGUUGAAUUUCUACAAAGCACAUAUUGGCAUAGCUUCAGCAGAAGCUGAUUAUCAGUUCAUAGAGCACGCCAGGGGACUGCCCAUGUAUGGGGUUCAUCUGCAUGAGGCCAAGAACAUCAAGCUGGGUGUGUCUGGCAAUGGCGUGUUCAUCUAUAAAGAAGAGCUGACGUUCUGUCGCUUUGACUGGGGUAACAUCGCAAAGGUCUCCUGUAAGGGCAGUGAGUUUUUACUGAGACUGAGGCUCGAAGAGAAGAACAAAUUUGAUGGCACCAUUACAUUUCAAAUGCCAAGUCCCCAGGCAGCCAAAAGGUUCUGGAAGCAGUGUGUGGAGCAACAUACCUUUUUCAGAUGUCCACAGUCAGCUUGAGUUCCUGGUCCCCCCUGCCACUCUC